UUCUUACUAUGGAAACAACAGAAUCUAUAUAGAAUAGAUCAAAGGCCUAUUAUAUAUACUAGAUCUACAUCUUAAGUCUUAAGUCUAAAUUCUAAUACCUCACAUGCAAUGGGAGCUUAAUUAUAUAUUAUAUAAUUAAACUACUUAGAUCUACAGGCAUAGGUCUAGACGGAGUAGUUAUACAUAUAAAUGUAGAAUACGAGUUUAAAAAUGCACUUAAGUCUUAAGACAAUUAUUAUUAUUUUAUAACAAGUUCAAGUUGAAGCUGUCUUUAGUUUUAGUUCUGACAGAUGAUGGAUAGUGGAUAGGCAAGCGGCUUAGGGCUUAGUCUCUAGAUCUAGAACACUCUUAGAUCUAUGAUUUACAGUAUUGACCAGAAUGAAUAAAACAAAGUGAAAUGUCUGCAUCAAGGAAAAUACAUGUAGAUAUUGUUCAAGAGAGCAAUGAGCACAUUGAAAACGACACAAACAAACAAACUGAUAAUGGCAAUAUUGUUAACUCCAUGAAGACUAUUAAUGAGGAGAACAGAGAUAAUCAAAACUCUGUUACUGAGCAUCAUCUUGAUUCUAGCAGACCCAAAACCUCCAAACUGAAGAGAAAAAAGCUUGCUUCAGCACAGCUGUCAAUGAACAAUGCUGAUGAUUCAAAAGAAGAGAAAGAAUCAAGAAGAAAAAUAUCUGGAAAGCAAAUUAUUUCACUCCAAAAAGAUAUACUUGAGCAGAAAUAUCAGGAGCUUCACCAGUUACUAGUGUUACCUCUUGUUCAACCAUUGAAUAAAAAUGUAUUGAAAAUAGGUCAGCUGCUUCAGCUUCAGUCACUGACCCAGGUUCCUGAUAAUGAAGUUUCUUCUGACCAUACAAUUGAAACUAUUGAAGCUAAUGAUAAUGAAGAUUUUCAUGAUGCAUCCAAACAAAUGAAGAGAUUUAAAGUAUUGAAUAGGAGUCAUAAACCUUUACAAAGAGCCCAAACGUCUAUGGAGUCCUCCAACGAAGAAGGAUACAGUCAAUGGGUUCGAAGAAAUAAAACUAAACAAAAUAAUUCUACAACUGCAGAGCAAGCAAUAGACAAACAAAAUCAGGUUAAAAAACAUAUCUUUCAACCAUCAGACACUUUCCUUAGAAACACUGCCAAUCCAUCUAUCAAACAAUGGCUUAAAAGAAAAGAAAGAGAACUCAGAAAAAAGAAGCGGGAAGAAAGAAAACAGAUAAAAGAAGAAAGAUUGAAAAAGCAAGAGCAGGAAAUACUAAAGCAAGAAAAAUUUAAAGAUUCUGAACAGAAAGUAAGAGAAUGGAUGUUACAGAAAAGAAAGGAAGCUGUUUACAGAACUAAACAAAAUAAUGGGACAGAAAAAGAAGAUAGCAAUUGUGAUACUGCCAAGAAUGCUAAUGAUGGAACAGAUGCAGCUUCUACUUGGCUUAAAGGAACUGAUACACAAGGCAUUACCAAUGUAAAUAUUUCACUUACAAAACAAAGUAGGCAGCCAACUCCAACAAGUUUUGUCUAUGCAAGGCCAGUGUCUGGAAGAGUACGUCUAAUUAAAUUGCAGCAAGAAAAUAAAGAGAAUGCAAAGAAAAAAGAUUUGGAGAAGCAGUUUCUCAAGAAGCAGCUGGAAAUAGAGAAAGCUAAAAAAAUGAGAGUCUCUUAUGAUCAAUGGCUGUUGAAAAAAAGAGAAGAUGAUUAUUCCAAGCGACAAGAGGCUGCUAGAAUAAGAGCAUUAGCCAAGUCUGAUUCUGAACUUCAUCAUAUUGGUGUAAAAGAUGCACAGAAAAGAAUAAAUAACUUUAUGAGGCAACAAAAAAUAAACACAAAAGAUAUUGAGUUAGAAAUCAAUGAUUCAAGCUCUGCAGAAGAAUACAAAAAUAAACAGAUUAAAGUGUUGGGGUCUAAAAAAAACUUAAAUGCUCGCCCCUCCAGUGCCAGGCCUUCUUUAAGUCCAAGAAUAUCCCGAUCUUUUCACAGACCUCUGUCAGCUAAUCCAUCAACCAAAACUUCAGAAAAAGAAAACGCUGAGAAGAUAAAUUUUAAAAUACCAUACCCACCAGAGAAUGGGGCCCCUAAAUAUGUGCUAGAUAAACAAAGAAAACUGUUUUCUCAUCAUUUGACUAAGAGUUCAGUCAGUGAUGUUGACAAUAACAGCAAAGUAGCUUCUACCAGUUCUGACAAAUUGAGCACAAGCAAUGAUUUACAUGACAAUGUAAUUCCUAUCAUUGAUACAAAUAACAAGGCUCAUCCUGUUGUUGAUAUGCAUGACAAGUUGAGGGACACCAGUGAUACACAUAGUAGCUCUGAUGCUAGCCUCAUUGGAGGAAAACUAGGUGAAUCAGUUCAUAGGCAAAAACAACCUUCUAAUCUUGAUGACCAUGACUUGUUCAUAACAAGAAGUAGAGAAGAACACAUGGUUGAGAGGGAAGAUGACCAUGACUUGUUCAUAACAAGAAGUAGAGAAGAACACAUGGUUGAGAGGAAAGAUGACCAUGACUUGUUCAUAACAAGAACUAGAGAAGAACACAUGGUUGAGAGGGAAGAUGAUCAAACACCAAUAGAAAGUAAUAAUCAGAAAUCCAAUUUUAUAGAAGACAUGUCUACUGCUGAACAAGAAUCAGAAAUAGACAUUGAAAACAUUCAUUCAAACUCUGCAAUGGAAACAAAACAAGAAACACAACUACACAUUCUAGAGCAAAUCAUACAUUCAGACAGCUCUAAUGAUAAGAAUAUAAUUGUUCAAGGGCAAACAGACACAUUGAAAGUUAAAGAAGCUUUGGAUAAUGCCUCUGUAGUGGAGUUUGAAGAAGAUUCAGAAAUUCCAGCAGAUUAUGUUGUCAGUAAAUCAAAUCUUAUUAAAGAUGAACCUACAGAAAAUAAGUCAGAAGAGGAUUUCUUAACACAUCUUGAGGAUGUGCCAAAUUCCAAGAGCUCUGAAAAGCAUGUCUCUUUUCAAGAAAAUCCAGUUGUCUUUGAAUCUUCUGACACUGAGCUCAAUUCAGAAUCUUCUGAGACUACUGAAAUUGAUGAGGACUUGCCAGAAGAAAAUGAUGAGUUUUAAUUUACUUAUGUAGAAGAUAGAGUAGGAAUUAAAAUAGGUAGAACACAUUUUAUAUGUCUUGUUUUAAUCAAAUGGGUUUAUCCUCACAACAUAUCAUUUUUUCUUGUCAAAUGUUUCUGUAAAAAUUGUUUAGAUAUUUGGGUUAAUAUGUAUUUCUCAAUUGUUAAUACUAGGUACUGUAAGUUUGUUAAUUUUAUUUACAUCAAUCAAAUCAUGUAAUAUAGUUUUUACAUCAAACAAAUCAUCUAAUUUAAUUCACAUAUGUCAACUAGCAUAUGCCAGUUGCUUCAUGACUCAGUCUCAACAGGUAACAUAAUUCAAGACCUCAAAAAGCAAUUUUUUAAAAUAAUCUAUCCCUUUUUAUUUUACUAAAAACCCCAAAUAACAUACAAUUCCAAGGACACCAAAUGUAUGCACAUUCCAUAGUUAUUGUGAAACUAACAACCCCCUAAAGAUGACAUUUUAAAAUUUGUAAAAUGAAAAUAAACUUUAAUAUACAUGUCAUCCCAGAUUUAAAAAUAACCCACAAAACAUAAAGAAUAUAAAAAAUCUACAUUUAACAUAUUAAUAUCACAUUUCAGAAAUAGUUCAGCACAUAUUGAUACUCCUCUAUUAAUAAGACAGUUUUAAAUAUGUUCAAUAAAUUUUGUGAUGCUGUUAAACAUUUUAACAAACUCUGUGUGCCAAAUGUAAUUUAUAUUGCAUCAACCAUUCCGUGUAUAUGUAAUCAUAUUUUCAUUAUAAUAAUCUUUCUUAAUAAAAAUUUAAAAUUUA